AUCACUUGUCAGGUUGAGUCCUGAUAGUUGGCUCGACCAAUCAGAGGUUUCUCGGCUCUCUGCCCAUAUGGCUCUUUGUGUUUCCUUCGUAAUCACUACAGCUGUACCUCUAGUUUGAGAAAAACUGACUGCUGUCGGGAGCUGAAAGAUCCACACAUGGCAACUCGUGUGAGACCGAGCAGCAAGCGUUGCACUGUCAUUGGAGGAUCUGGAUUUUUGGGCAGGCACCUUGUGGAACGUUUAGUGGACAGAGGAUACACAGUAAAUGUGUUUGAUAUCAGACAGGCCUAUGAACUUCCAGGAGUGACGUUUCACCAAGGGGACUUGUGUGACAAACAGGCCCUGCUGGUGGCUUUGAAAGAUGUAUCUAUAGUGUUUCACUGUGCUUCACCUGCUCCAGGCAGCGAUGACCGCGCUCUGUUUCAGAGGGUCAAUAUUGAUGGGACACAGACUGUCAUACAGGCUUGUCAUGAGGCAGGAGUACAGAAAUUAAUAUUGACCAGCAGUGCUAGUGUGGUGUUUGAAGGAACUGACAUCAAGAAUGGGAGAGAGGAUUUGCCUUAUGCAAAAAAGCCAAUUGAUUAUUAUACAGAGACUAAAAUCCAACAGGAAAAGUUGGUGUUGGAGGCCUGCAGUAAAGAGAAGGGUUUUCUCACUGUCGCUAUUCGUCCUCAUGGCAUCUUUGGCCCUCGGGACCCGCAGUUAGUACCCAUCCUAGUAGAUACAGCCCGCAGAGGAAAGAUGAAGUUCAUUAUCGGAGAUGGAUCCAAUCUUGUGGACUUCACUUAUGUGGAGAAUGUAGUUCAUGGGCAUAUUUUAGCAGCUGAACACCUUAAGGCUGAUUCUCCACUCUGCGGUCAGGCUUACCACAUAACCAACGAUGAGCCGGUGCGUUUCUGGGAUUUCAUGUCACAGAUUCUGGUGGGUUUGGGCUACAGUGCUCCACGAUACCACCUGCCCUACACACUGGUCUAUGGAAUAGCCCUACUGCUGUGGCUGAUUGCUUUGGUACUGCGGCCACUGAUCCGGAUCAAACCCACCUUCACCCCUAUGAGAGUAGCUCUGGCCGGCACCCACCACUACUACAGUUGCACUCGGGCCAAAAAGGAUAUGGGUUACCAGCCACCGGUGCCUUUACAAGAGGCGAUAGUGCGCACUGUGGAGAGCUACCCACAUCUACAGAAGGGAGCGUAACACCACAGCGAAGCUGGAGAUUUAUUGACAUGAAUUACUGUUUGCUGAACCGCAAUAUGAUUAUUAAUUUGAUGUAUCCAUUGGAUUACCAGUGUUUACUAGACUAUAUUAACAAUGCACUUAAUCAUUCCUAUUCUUCAUGUACCUUUUUACCAGGAUGUAACGGCAUGUAGUUCAACAGUGAUGUUGAAUUCAGAUAGCACUUGUGGGCACUGGUCCCAUUCUGUUUUGGUCCAAAGGAAUUGGACAGAACUUUGACAUAUAAAUUUCAAAUCAAGUUUCUAAA